AUCUGUGUAGCCCCAGCAGCGCCACCUGAAAGUGUCCAUCAGUGCCAGCUCUCAGUGUUCAUCCAUGCCACCUGCCAGUGCCCAUCAGUGCCACAUUUCAGUGCCCAUCAGUGCCACAUCAACACCACAUAUCAGUGUCCAUCUGAGCUGCCUUUCAGUGCCACCCAUCAGUGCCAGUUAGUACCACCUAUCAAUGCCAGUCAGAGCCACCUAUCAGUGCUGCCAAUCAGUGCCACUUAUCAGUGCCAGUCAGUGCCGCCUAUCAGUGCCACCUAUCAGUGCCAUCAGUGCCUCCUCAUCAGUGCCCAUCAGUACCACCUAUCAGUGUCCAUCAGUGCAGCCUAUCAGUGCUCAUCACUGCAGCCUCAUUAGCGCACAACAGUGAAGGAGAAAAAAUCACUUAUUUAAAAAAUUUUAAAACAAAAACUAAGAAAAAACUUUUUUUUUUUCAAAA